AUGUUGCUAGACCUCUUAUACUUCCACGUUCUGAAUCCCGCCGUGGCCACUGACGAGUUGAUCAACCACAUUCACAGGAAACUAGAGGAGAAAGAUGCCAGACUGAUCACAAAAUGUUUCACGUCAAUGAAUCCUUGCCACACUUGGAAAUUGGACUCUGACGAAGGGAAAAUUCUUGUACCUCUAGCUGAUCUGGAAUUGAAAUUGAAUGAUAUGCCCGAGAAAUAUCAAAAAGACAACGAGAUAUUCGUCAAAACCUUCUACAAACAACUGGAGAUCAAGAGACAGGGUGAAGAGCUUGCGAGUAAAAGAAACCUAUGA